GACCCAAAUACAUAAACAUGGGUCAUUUUGGACCCUAAAUUAAUUAUUAUGGGUUAAAUUGGGCCUCCUUGCAAUAAUUCGCGGGUUCAAUUGGGUCAUUCUAAACUUGGGGAAAUAAGUUAAAGGGUCAAUUUGGGUUUAGAAGGAAAAGGGGACGGGUUGAACGGGUUGUGAGUAGAAAAAAGGAACGGGUUAGGGUUACUUUCUUCUCAGACUCUCAGUUCUACACUUCUACUCAGGCGACGACUUCCUCCAUCUCCUCUGCCACAGACCCACAUCGUCCACCGCCACAGACCUCCGCCGUCUCCUCCGCCACAAACCCACAACGUCUCCGACGUCUCCUCCGGCACAAACCCCCACCGUCUCCGCCAUCUCCUCCGGCACAAGGUAUGUCAAACAACUCGGAAUUUGGACAACAUAGUGUAGAAGGGGAACAUGAGGAUGAAGGCAAUUCAUAUAGUUCGGGUAAACAUCGUUCUUAUGUUUGGGACUAUUUUGACCCAUUACCGGUUGCACCCAAUGGGGACAAAAAAGCAAAAUGCAGUGCUUGCGGACAGGUGUAUGUUACGAAUGCAAGCUCGGGAACAUCUAACUUAAGACGACAUAUCCCUAAGUGUUUUGAUAUUGAUGGGCCUAGUCCGGCGAAAAAACAAAGACGCGCCCCUUUAGAUCAAGCGAUGUACAGGGAGAUGUUGGCGAUUUCAAUUAUCAAACAUAACUACCCUUUCAGCUAUGUUGAACAUGAGGAAACAAGAAAGUUGCACAAAUUUCUACACGGUGAUGUGAAAUUCAUAACAAGAAAUACUGCAAAGGCGGAUGUCUUAAAAAUAUACGAGCGAGAGAAGAUGAUUAUUAAAGACAAGUUAGAAAAGGUAACCGGUAGGAUAUGCUUGACUUCUGAUUUAUGGAGUUCGAUCACGACAGAUGGAUUUAUGGCAUUAACAGCUCAUUAUGUUGAUGAGAACUGGAAUCUAAGGAAAAAAGUGCUAAACUUUAGAGUUAUACCCCCUCCACACAGUGGUUCCAUUUUAGCAGAGCACUUGAUCAAUUUUUUAGCAGAUUGGGGCAUCGAGAAAAAAGUUUUUACCAUCACACUAGACAAUGCAAAAUACAAUGACAUAUUAGUAGAUCAUUUGAAAGGUCAUUUGCGUUUGAAUAACGCAUUAGUGUGUGAUGGAGAUUUUACUCAUGUGCGUUGUUCAGCGCACGUGCUAAAUCUUAUCGUUCAAGCCGGAUUGAAAGCAAUUGAAGGGGCCAUUGAAAAGGUUCGAGAGUCGGUGAAAUAUGUGAGAGCAAGUGCUGCUAGGAAGUAUAAGUUUGCGGAAUGCAUACAAAUACUUUCACUACAAUGUGGGAAGCAUGUUCGUCAAGAUAUUGUAACGAGAUGGAACUCUACAUAUCUUAUGCUUGAUUGUGCAUUAGCUUAUCAACGGGCUUAUACUCGGUUAGCCUUAGUUGAUUCAGUUUUUAAAACUUCUCCGUCAGAAGAGGAAUGGGCACGGGUGGAAAUAAUCACACGACUUUUGAAAACCUUUUUAUGA